AUGCUCUCCUCCCAAAAUGCCGAUCUAACCUCUGAGGACGAGGACAGCGACCAGAAGUCGGGCACCAGCUACAAGGAACGACGCCGAGAGGCGCACACACAGGCUGAACAGAAGCGUCGUGAUGCCAUCAAGAAGGGCUACGAGGACCUGCAGGUGCUGGUGCCCAGCUGCACUCAACAGGACAGUGUCUCCUCGUACAAGCUGAGCAAGGCGGCCAUCCUCCAGCGCAGCAUCGAGUACAUUCAGACGCUGCAGCAGCAGAAGCACAAGCGGGACAAGGACUUGCAGAUGCUUCGUAAGGAUGUCCUAGGCCAGGAGAUCAUGAAGAGCAACUACGAAGACAUGGUCAAGCAGCACCAGCAGACGCAACAGCAGAGCUGCCUCAACUACAACGCACAGAUGAUCUCCGAUGAGACCAAGUUUGAGGUGUUCAAGGCAGUCUGCGACAAUCUCUUUCACUCAUUCGACUCAUCAGUGCAGGUGAACAAUUUCAGUGAACUGUCCGCCUGCACAAUUGGCUGGCUGGAGGAGCACUGCAAACCGCAGAACCUUCGGCAGAUUAUCCACGGCAUCUUGGAACAGCUCAAAAAUCAGCUUCCCUAG